AAACUCUCAUCCUCCGAUCACCAGAUUCUCUCUUUGGCGUCUUCUCAAACUCCAAUCUGCGUUGUUUUUCUCUCUUUGACCUCUGAAAUCCACUCACAAAUACACACGAAAACCACACAUAUACAUAGUAUUCUGCGCAUAAGUCUCGGAAGAAGCUGCUAAAAGAGUCAUCGGAAAUGGCGUCGCCGUCGAAUGAGCAGAUGAAUCGAGAAGAGACACCGACGGUUAAAGAAUUGAUGCAUAAAACGAAAAUAAUUCAGUUCUUUGGAAGAAGUACUCCGAUUAUACUUCAGAAGGACAAUGGUCCAUGUCCUCUUCUCGCUAUUUGUAACAUUCUCUCAUUGAGAAACAAUUUAAGUCUGAGCCCAGAUGUAGCCGAAGUAUCACAGGAAAAAUUGCUUUCACUUGUGGCAGAAAGAUUAAUUGAUUCAAACAGUAAUGUGAAUAACAAAGAUGAAGGGUAUGUUGAAAAUCAACAACAGAACAUAGCCGAUGCCAUUGAUUUACUCCCUCAACUUACAACUGGCAUUGAUGUGAACAUCAAAUUUACAAGAAUCAAUGAUUUUGAGUUCACAAGGGAGUGUGCAAUAUUUGAUCUGUUAGACAUUCCACUUUAUCAUGGUUGGAUUGUUGAUCCACAGGAUUCUGAUACUUCAAAUGCAAUUGGGGCAAAAUCCUACAAUACCCUGAUGGGAGAACUGGUUGCUCUUGAAACUCAAAACAUGACAAGUGUUUCUUUAAAGAAUCAUGAACAAGAUUCUGUUGAGAAAAUAGAAAGAAGAGAUCUUGAAGAGGAAAAUGAGCUAUUAGCAGCCAUGAAGCUUUCAACAACUGAUAAUUUAAUAACUUUUGAAGAUGAAAAGGAAAGCCAUGGUACAGAAAUGGAUGCUUGUGUAACAGAGAAGCAAGAAAAGAAAGAUGGGAGUGAGGAGAGUAGCUUAGAAGCAGGGGCAAAAAUGGAAAACAUUUCACUUAGUUUGUCUGGAUCAGAUCCUUCACCUCCUGUUGAUACCCUUUUGCUUGAUUCAGAAGGAGAUAAAAAGAUUUCUGACCAAUCAACUUCAAACACCAAUGUAAAUGAAGUAGAAAAAAUCAAGAUUGAUGAAAAGAUGCCACAAUCACAUAAUGUGGUUUUGGAAUCAUCAAAGGACAUGUCACAAAAUAUUCUUGAAUCUGAAUCUUUAAUUGGAGAUAAAUCCAACACUACAACAAAUGAAAGGCUAGAGACUACUGCAAAACAAGGGGAAGUGAUUAGGAGUUUUCUGAACAACAAUGCGAGUCAGUUGACUAUAUAUGGCCUUUUUUCCCUUCAAGAUGGUUUAAAAGAUCGUGAACUUUGUGUGUUUUUCAGAAAUAACCACUUCAAUACCAUGUUCAAGUUUGAAGGUGAACUAUACAUUUUAGCUACAGAUCAAGGCUACUUAAAUCAACCUGAUUUGGUAUGGGAAAAACUGAAUGAGGUGAAUGGUGAUACAGUGUUUGUGAACGAUAACUUCAAGAAAUUCAAUCCACAAAAUCAAGAAACACGCACAUGGGAUGAGCAGAAUGUGAUGGCUAAUACCGCUGAUUAUCUCGCAAGAAUUGACAAUUCCGGACAAGGAAACGCUGGUCUGAGCUCUGAUAUGCAAUUAGCCAUUGCCCUUCAACAACAAGAAUUUGAUCAACAACAACCACAACAACCACAACGUGUUUUGCCACAGUCACCUACCACUUCACGUUCAGGGCUUGUUGUGGGUCCCCAGCAUGUGCAUCCAUCGAGGCCUAGGCAGGAUCCAAAGCCUUCGAAGGACAAGGACAAGUGCACUGUGAUGUGAGAAACUUGGGAAUUGGGAUAGAUAGAUACUAUUUGGGCAUACGUGUGAUUUUUAAACUCAGCUCCCUUUUGAUGUAAAUGAUGUAGGACUAUUUGGUAUAUGAGACAUGAUGACUGUUUGGGGUCUUGUACCAUGUGCAUAGAAUGUUGUAAACACAGAUUACCUUUAGACAAAUCACUGCUUAGUUCUUUUA